AUGGCAUUCGUCCGAGCUUUAUCUGCGGCUCUUUGCCUCCUUUUAUCGACGACGACAGCUGCGGCUGCUACGCAAAGAGAUUCCAAGCCCUUGCGUGAUAUACCUCAUAUUGGUUUAGGUACUUGGAUACCGGAAAGGAGUAAGGUCUCGCAUGUUGUUCAAUAUGCUUUGGAUUCGGGUUAUACCCAUAUAGACGAUGCCCAUAUAUAUGACAACGAGGACCUGACUGGAAAAGGUAUUGCAGCAUCUAAAAUCCCCCGCGAGGAUAUUUGGGUAACGAGUAAGCUAUGGAACGACCAGCAUCGCCCUGGUGAUGCUCUCGCAGCGAUCAAAAGGUCAUUGUCAGACCUUGGCUUGGAGUACCUGGAUCUUUACCUCAUGCACUGGCCAGUUGCAUUCGUUCCUGGAGAAGGAACCAAGUUGGAUGAGGAAACAUCAAUCUUUGAUACGUGGCGGGCUAUGGAAGAUUUCGUGAGAGCUGGCCUGACUCGACACAUUGGCAUCUCCAACUUUGCCAUGAAGGAUGUUGAAGCCAUUCUCAGCAUGUGCACCAUAUGCCCCUACGCCCACGAAUUCGAGACACACCCAUACCUCCAGCAGCAGGCGUUUGUUGACUACAACCUAGGCAAGGGAAUCAAGGUCAUUGCGUACUCUCCCCUCGCAAAUACCAAUCCAACCUAUGGAAGUGGCAUGCCCCCCAUUUUAGAGGACUCCUUCUGGAAGAGCCUUGCCCAUGAUAAAAAUGCAACUGUGGCACAAACCAUUCUUGCCUGGGGAUUGCAGAGGGGCACGAUCGUAAUCCCCAAGAGUGUUCAUGAGAAGUACAUUGAUGAGAACUUCCGUGCCCAAGAAAUCACGUUCACCAAAGAGGAGAUGAAUGCCAUCAGAGCCCAGGAUAAGAAAGCCAGGAUGAACAACCCUAGUACAAUCUGGGGUCUUAAGCUCUUUGCUGAUUUGGAUGCCUCAAUGCAGUUGAAUGGUGGCAAGAGCAAGGAGCUGUAA